CCCCCCGCGCGCGGCUGAGGCGGCGCCGGCCCGGCCGGACCGGCCAUGGAGGGCAUGGACGUGGACCUGGACGCGGAGCUCAUGCAGAAGUUCAGCUGCCUCGGCACCACCGACAAGGACGUGCUCAUCGGCGAGUUCCAGCGCCUGCUCGGCUUCCAGCUCAGCCCCGCGGGCUGCGCCUUCUUCCUCGACAUGACCAACUGGAAUCUACAAGCUGCCAUCGGAGCCUACUAUGAUUUCGAGAGUCCAAAUAUCAAUGUCCCCUCGAUGUCCUUUGUGGAAGAUGUCACCAUAGGUGAAGGGGAGUCCAUCCCUCCUGAUACCCAGUUUACAAAGACGUGGAGGAUACAGAACACAGGGACGGAGGCGUGGCCCCCGGGGGUUUGCCUGAAGUAUGUUGGGGGCGACCAGUUUGGGCACGUGAACAUGGUGAUGGUGAGGUCCCUGGAGCCGCAGGAGAUGGCCGAUGUCAGCGUGCAGAUGUGCAGCCCCAGCGCCGCCGGGAUGUACCAGGGACAGUGGCGGAUGUGCACGGCCACGGGACUCUACUACGGAGAUGUCAUCUGGGUGAUCCUCAGUGUGGAAGUUGGAGGACUUCUGGGUGUCACACAGCAGCUGUCAUCCUUUGAAACAGAGUUCAACACGCAGCCGCAUCGCAAGGUAGAAGGAAACUUUAACCCGUUCGCCUCUCCACAGAAGAACAGGCAACCAGAUGAAAACAACCUAAAAGACCCUGGGGGUUCCGAGCUAGGCACAAUCAGCAAAAACACAUGGGGGCCUGCUCCUGACCAAAUCGAACAAGAUCAGAAUGGACUGUCACAAAACUCUGUAAAUCUCUCCCCCAGCAGUCACUCGAACAACUUGUCGGUAGUGACGUACAGUAAGGGUUUCCACGGUCCUUAUCCCUUCGGACAGUCUUAAAACACAAAAACACAAAACGGGUAUCGACAAGAGGAGAAUUUAAGAAAAAACUGACUUUUGGGGGAAGGGAGGGGGUUCAUGUGGCAGACAGACACAGCGUGGACCCCCCUUCUCUGCCUCCGUGUUCUGGAUAAAGAAGAAAAAACAAAAGCCCAGUAACUUAAGACUAGAUGUUUCCAGAGGAAAAUCCAAAACCUGAGUAUGCAUGUGUGACUGCUGGAUUUCAGAGUGGUGUAAAUGCUAUGAGGAAGAAGAGACACCAACACUAUGGGUUUUUAGAAAUCAUCCUCACACAUAAUUAGGUAGCUUAAAAAGAAGUUUAAAAAUGAAAAUUUAAAAGCCAUCUUUAAAAAAGAAUAUUUUGCCUACAGAGCGGUUGUAGUUUGAGCAAAUGUUUAAUUUCUGUUUGUUUCUUGUUGAUAUUUUUUUCCUAAGGGACAGCGUGCAUUUUCCCAGAAUGUCCUGGUUUGCUGGCCUGGCGCCCCUGGGGCCUGUGCUCCUACCAGGCCUUUUUAAUGCCAGGUUUGGGCUGCACCCAGCACUGCAUUUUUAAUGGCAUCUGCUGGUUUUAGUUACCGACUUUUUAAUCUUUUAAUUCUUCUUUUCCUUUUGGUUUGGGUGUUGCUGUUAAGUUGUCCUGUGUGUUGUUGGGAACUACGCUGAGGCCAGGUCUUGGUACCAGAGUUGGAGAGGGAGACUCUGGGACUUCUGGGAUGACAUGGAGGGCUUGUCUCCCUUCCCCUUGUACAUGACGUACACAAAUACACACCCAUGUUAAUAGGAAUCCAAUUUAUUCAAGUUCCCCAGCUGUCCUGUGUGGUUAGCAGUUUAAAAUCCCUUUUUGUUCACUCUCGAUGUGCAGUAGCUGUGCUCAGAGCCACCACGCAAGCGCCGUGUGCCAAGGGGAGUCUCUGUAGCUGUAAUUCACCUGCUGGUAGUUGCAAAGCUUUGCAGAUGUCCUGUCCUUACCAUUUGGGGUGUCCUCUCUCUCUUGCAGAGCAUAAGUUUGCAUUUGUUUCUCCUGUGCUGAGGUGUGAGCUUAGAGGCUGAUCCAAAUGUUCUGGAGCUCAGAGCAGGAGUUGGCAACACCAGCUGCGUCCUUCUGUUGCCUCAUCUUCAUCUGCCUUUGUUGACUGGGCUCUCCAGGGCUUGCGUUAAGGGAGGGAUCAUAAAAGAUUUGGGUAGCUCUGCUGUUCCUCCAGUGUUUUCCUCCAGUUCUGGAUUGGGAAGUGUGGUGUGAGGGGAGGGAGCUCAGCCUCGAGCUGUGGUGGGUUUAUUGUGAAGUGCUGUCCCACAAACCCUGCUGUCCUGCCCCAAUAAUCCAGGCUGGAACAGCCAUCUGCCAAAGAUAGAGGAAUAUGCAAAGCUCCCACUACCUUCUUCCAGAUCUUUCCACUGAAAGUGUUUCCCAGUGCUGGAGUUGCAGGUUCAGCUCUGCCCUCACUACUCUUGGCUGUUUGUGUUUUAGAGGUUGGUUUUGAAUGGGGGAAUCCAUCAUUGCAGCUGCCAAGUACUAUUACCUGAAUGCAUAUGGAUGGACCUCAUGGGGACAGUGGGAGUUCCUUGUGUCCAACAGAGGAAGAAUUGGGUGAUAGAUGUUUAUGUUUCACAGGUUCAGUUGUUAAAGAUAACAGUUACCUGAAAUCUCCCUUCAAAAAUCUGUUUACUGGGAGAAACAAGUACAAUAUAAAAAAUUACCUGCUUAGGAGUGGCACUUCAGGGUUUGGGCUGCCUGACACUUGCUCUUGCAGUCUGGUGGGCACUUGGCUCUGCCCUGGCAGCUGCUGGAGCUGGGGGAGUGUUGGGAUCAGAGUGAACCUGCAGAAGGUGCUGCCCUGCUCUGUGUGCUUGGUUUUUGUCCUGUAACAACAUUUUGCCUUGGAUUAGAUACCCCCUUGAGCGGUGAGCUGGGGAAUGAUCUGCAGCCUCAUCUCCUGCAGCACUGCUGCUCCCCUUCUGAGGGCACUGAACCCCUGAAGACUGUGGUUGGCUCAAGUGACGAGGUGAUUCCCUAUCUUCAUUGGCUCCUUGUGUCAGCUGCAUAGUAGAAGGGAGGGGAAAUCGAGAUCUGAGUCUGUGAGUUAGAGCUGGUGCUGUGACCUUGGCUGGUGUCAGUGGGAGACCCUGGGAUACCCCUGCCCUGGCUUUCUGCUCCCAGGCACGUGUGCUCCUCCCAUGGCUGCCACACUCGUGUUCCUGUGCUCCUCCUCAGGCUGAAUUGCCCUUGUCUUGAAGAAGCCAAACCUGCAUGCGCCCCCUGCAUUCUGCACAGGCUGUUUCUCUGCCUCUUGCGUGUUUGCAGUCCCUGCUGUCCUGGGGGCAAGGAUCACGUUCUCCAGGGUGUGAGGAAAGGCAGGGCCAGAGCCACCUUGCUCUGAGAUCUGCAGCUCUUGCUGCUCCCGUCCCACUCUGCCCCUUUGCUGAGGGAUCCACGGAGCACUGGCCCGCUGGGGUCGGGGCUGUGGCCCUGGCUGUGGCAGUGGAAGGAUGUUUCAGUCAGGGGUGGUUCUAGCUCUGAGUUUUUCCUAGAGUAAAAACUGUUUCACUGAGGCCAAAGGUGGUUUUAUCUCCUGGUUCCUUGGAGCCUCGUGGUGCAGCCAGACCUCAGAUUGCUCAUACUUUCAGGUGUCCAGUUUUUAAGUGGGGAUUUGAGAUGAAUGGCAAAGCUCUGCCCAGGUGACCUUGGCACACUGAGGUUGUAUAGGUUCCCGUAGGGAAAAGGAUAAUACAGAACAUCUCUGAUGGCCUCUGAGGGGGUCCCUGUGGCAAGUGAGAGCCACUUGGGCCCUAUCACUAACACAGCUCAAGCAGUGGCACCUCUCAGCCUUGGCAAACUGGAGCAGGAUGUCCCUGGGACUGGCCCCGAACUGGCAGUGCCGCAGGGGGGUGAGGGAGCAGGAAUCUGCUGCCCGCACCUUGGGAGCGUGGGAUUCAGGCCCUGCCGGGGUUUGGGAGUGGGGCAGAGCAGUGGUGUGGGUGGGAAAUGCACGCUGUCCCACGUCUGGGUUUCUGUUGUGUUUCAUUUUUUCCGUGUGUGAGUGCGUGGGUGGUUCCCAGCCUGUCUGUGCUCGCCGGGGCAGUGCAUGUGCAGCACGGGAUGGUGUGUUGCCUCUCUGAGUCUGGGAGAAGUCCUGAUAGCACAUUGGGGUGAAAAUAAAGGAAGCUUUUUCCUUAAUGUAUAAAUGAAUAUUUGUAUGAUUAAAUUAACACAGAAAAAAAUACUCUGUAGCUGUUGAGAGUUUUAUUGAAGCUGCAAA